AUGGCUGCCGACAAGGCUGCCGUCGCCUCAGGCGCUGACCUAGGCGAUGGUCUGAGACAGCGUCCUGUCGCUGGACAAGCUAACCUGCAAGUCCCGACUCCUCAGCCCGAGGACAACAAGAAGCUUGUCAAGAAGGAGCCCUCAUUGCUUCAAACACUCGACCAGUGGGAGGUUGUCAUUGCCCCGCUGAUCUUCACUCUCCUGGCUAUCUUCACUCGACUCUACAAGAUUGGUAUCAGCAAUAUCGUUACUUGGGAUGAAGCUCACUUCGGCAAGUUCGGUUCCUACUAUAUCAAGCAUGAAUACUACUUCGAUGUCCACCCUCCUCUUGGCAAGAUGCUCGUCGGUCUCUCUGGAGUCCUGGCUGGCUACAACGGAACAUUCGAGUUCAAGUCUGGCGAAAAGUACCCCGAGGAAGUCAACUACACCAUCAUGCGCAUCUUCAAUGCGGCUUUCGGUAUCUUCUGUAUUCCUCUUGCUUACUACACUGCCCGUGAGCUCAAGCUUCGACGUCCUGCUGUGUGGCUUGUUACUCUGAUGGUUCUUUGCGAGAACUCUUACACCACUAUCAGCCGUUUCAUUCUACUCGACUCCAUGCUGCUAUGCGGUACCGUGGCCACCGUCUUCUGCUGGUCCAAGUUCCACAACCAGCGACACAACAGCUUCGAGCCCGAGUGGUUCUUCUGGCUCUUCUUGACUGGCCUCAGCAUUGGCUGUGUCUGCAGUGUCAAGCUUGUUGGUCUUUUCGUUACCGCUCUCGUUGGUCUUUACACCAUUGAGGACCUCUGGCGAAAGUUCGGCGACACCAAGAUGCCUGUUACCACUCUUGGUGCCCACGUCAUCACCCGUGUUGUUGGCCUCAUCGUCAUCCCUUUCCUCAUCUAUCUCCUCUCUUUCGCCCUGCACUUCGCCAUUCUCGACCGCUCCGGCCCUGGUGAUGCUCAAAUGAGCUCCCUCUUCCAGGCUAACCUCAAGGGUACCCAGGUUGGAAAGGACAGCCCUCUCGAGAUCGCGAUUGGUUCUCGCGCUACUAUCAAGAACAUGGGCUACGGUGGUGGUCUUCUUCACUCUCACGUUCAGACCUACCCCGAGGGUUCCAAGCAGCAGCAGGUUACUUGCUACCACCACAAGGACACCAACAACGAUUGGUUCUUCUACCCUAACCGCCGAGAGGAGGACUACAACCCUGAGGGUGAUCUCCGAUUCAUUGGUGACAACUCCGUCAUUCGACUUAUCCACGCUCAGACUGGCCGCAACCUGCACUCUCAUGACAUCGCUGCCCCCGUCACCCGAGGCCAUAAGGAAGUUUCCAGCUACGGUAACCUGACUGUUGGCGAUGACAAGGACCACUGGAAGGUUGAGGUUGUUCGUGAUUCUGCUUCUCGCGACCGCAGCAAGAUCAGGACUCUUACCACUGCUUUCCGUCUCAAGCACGAGGUCCUUGGUUGUUACCUCCGAGCUGGCAACGUCAACCUUCCUCAGUGGGGUUUCAAGCAGAUUGAGGUUACUUGCACCAAGGAGAACAACCCUCGUGACACCUACACCCACUGGAACGUAGAGGCUCACUGGAACGACAAGCUCCCUCCCGCCGAGGCUGGUGUCUACAAGUCCCCAUUCUUCCACGACUUUGUUCACCUGAACGUCGCUAUGAUGACCUCCAACAACGCUCUGGUCCCCGAUCCUGAUAAGCAGGACGACCUUGCUUCCAAGUGGUGGCAGUGGCCUUUCCUUCAUGUCGGUCUCCGUAUGUGCGGGUGGGGUGAUGAUAUCGUCAAGUACUUCCUCCUCGGUAACCCUCUCGUCUACUGGGGUUCUACUGCUUCUCUUGGAAUUGCUGGCCUUGUCAUCGUCUGGUACAUUCUUCGAUGGCAACGAGGUGUUAACGAUCUCAGCGAGAACGAGAUUGACCACAUUCACUACGCGGCAUUGUACCCCCUUGCCGGCUGGUUCCUUCACUAUCUUCCUUUUGUUAUCAUGGCUCGUGUUACUUACGUGCAUCACUACUACCCGGCUCUCUACUUUGCCAUUCUCAACUUUGGCUUCCUUAUUGACUGGUUCACUCGCAACCGCAACAAGACCAUCCAGACCAUCGUGUAUGGCAUUCUCUACACCGUCAUUAUCGGCCUUUACAUUUACUUCAUCCCCAUUUGCUGGGGCAUGACUGGCAACCACAAGCAGUACAAGUACAUGAAGUGGUUCGACAACUGGCGAGUCACCGACUAA